AGGAAGGACCCCCGAAGGAAGUGUAGAGGUGCUUGUGGAUUUCUGGACAGAUGAUGCUGUGGACACAUUCUUAGAACAACAGAAGAGAAGGAAGGUGUCAUCAUGAGCAUCAGAAUGAGGUUUGUCCUCUCCCUCCUGCUUUUGUCUGAUUUCUGCCUGCUGAUGACCUACAGUUGCCAUAGUGACAAGGACAAAGACCACCGCCCCCGUGUGAACUGCACAAAUAUGGGUCUGAACAAUGUUCCGCCUGAAACUGAUACAUCCACAGAGGUCUUAGUCCUCACAGACAAUCAGUUUCUGUCCUUGUCCUGGCGCUCUUACCAGAGCUUCACCAAGCUGCAUGAGCUGGACCUCUCCCGCAACCAGGUGUCAUCACUGGAGAGGCUCCCAGACCAGGUCCUCCCCUCUCUGAGGGUCCUCCAUCUCUCAGACAACAGGAUCCAGGAGGUCCCAGAGUCUGCCUUUACUGCUGCAUCCAAUCUGAUGGAGAUCUACCUAAGCAGAAACCAGCUGCACACAGUGCGUGAGGGCUCCUUCAGGGGCCUGGACAGCCUGGAGCUUGUGGACCUCUCCCAGAACCACAUCCGAGUCCUGCCCCACUCAAUGUCAUCCCUGAUGACCACCACCGUACUUAAGAAGUUUGACGUGGAGGACAACCGUCUCAGGAUCAUGCCGGACCAGUUCUUCUCUAAUUUUCCUGAAAUCCCGUAUGUGUUCCUGUCCAAGAACCCCUGGAUCUGCAGCUGCAAGGUGGGUUACCUGUCCUCAUGGCUGGAGGACCAGGUCUCCAACGUGUACAUGCACACGGGUCCCAAAAGCAUCAUCAAUGACCCUGAGAGUAUAGUGUGCGACAGCCCGAGUCAGCUGAAGGGUCAAAUCAUCAUCGACCUGCAGAGGGAUGACUACUGCUCUCCGGGUGUGAUUGGUGAUAUGGAUUCCACUGAUGCCGUGACUACGGAAUUGCCAACCUCCCCCAAGUCACACUUUGUCCCAAUCACAACACCGUCAGCCCUCUCUCCAUCUUCCACUGCUCUUGACAGCAUCCCUACAACUACAGACGUCCCCAUAACCCACCAGACCAGUGAACUCACCCAAACGGAAACCGUGGCACCCUACCCCCAUCCCAGUGCCAUAGCCACCCAGGACCAAAUCACUACAUCCACCACAUUCCGAAGUACAACACCCACCAUGUCUGUAACCACAAUGCCCACCACACCUGUCCAACCCCAAACCACUGCACCCACCCAGGCUCACACCCUAACACCAACCUCGAGCAACACCAUCACCAGUGUGACAUCCAAGUCCCAGCUCAUGACAACUGCAAGGUACUUCUACUUCAUGACAUUUUGGGUCAAAUAUCACGAGUCUCAUGCAACAGAGUUUGCCACGUCUAGGACAGUAUUUAAGAAGGAGGUAGUAGGGGAGGAGGUAGAGAGUACUGCCAUCAUCACCAAUUCAAAUACCUUUCUGAUCACAGCCACCCCCAAGGCUUUUCCUCUGACAACUACUGACCCUCUGACCAUGGUCCACCCUCCCACUAAUGUCUCUGUAAACUGGGAGGAGAGAAAGGGGGAGAGGUCUGUGGUGCUGUACUGCUGGUGGCUGUUUGCGGGGUACCUCUGUCUCUGUAUUCUGCUGGGCCUGUGGCUCUGUGCCACCAGCCUCUGGAUCCUCAGAUUCUACCUCUACACCUAUUCGCCUCUUGCCCGGAAGGCUUGCAAGCGGAGGAAGGGCCAAGUGAGGCUGUUAGGAUAUCAGUCCGCAGGUGGGUCAGGGGAGAAUGACGGGGGGGGUGAGAAGGGGGCUGGCGGGCCGGGAGCCAUCUCACUGCCCAUGGAGGGGACUGGAGGCGUGCAGGCUAUGUUCCGCUCUGUCCUGUUUGUCUACAAGGGCGGGGAGGUGGAGGAGCCGGAGCCGCUGCACAACAAGAACCAAAGAUGA